AGUUAAAAAAGCCUCGGAAAUAGGAAGCUUUCCCUCCAUUGAUCACUAGUACAAUUACUAGUCUCAGAGGUUUAGGUAUUCCAUUAGGAAUAGUUGUCACCACACGGACAACUCUUAUUUCUUCCCUCCCUCCCUCCGUCCUCACCUCGUCGACUCGAAUUCAACAGAUCAACACAGCCUUGUGCAGCUCUGUUGUACCACAUAACCAUUCUUAGAAAGAGGAGGAUACAUAUUCAUCAUCAUGGCUUCCGCAGUUUCUACUGGCCUUCCGCGCCAGAAUCCUGCGCUUCGACGAACCAUCACAUCUACCACCGCCGACACCGAUGUCUCGUCCCCAUCUACCGCCAUUGGUUCUCCAAUCGACUCCCCUAGACCUUCCGCAUCAUCAACCUCUCUUUCUUCCAUGUCCUCGUUCGAACCGAGUAGUGCUUCCCACGGAAAGCUCAUUGACACAUACGGAAAUGACUUUGAGAUCCCCGAUUAUACUAUCAAGGAUAUUCGUGACGCCAUUCCCAAGCACUGCUUCGAGAGGUCCGCCGCCACGGGCUUGUAUUAUGUCUUCCGUGAUAUCGUCCAAUUAGCCACAGUUUUCUAUCUCUUCCACACGUAUCUGACCCCGGAGAAUCUACCCUCUACUCCGGCCCGCGUUGCCCUUUGGGGUUUGUAUACCUUUAUUCAGGGUCUCUCCGGUACCGGCAUUUGGGUGUUGGCCCAUGAAUGUGGACACCAGUCGUUCAGUACGUCCAAGGUUUUAAACGACACCGUGGGCUGGAUCCUUCAUUCGUCUCUCCUGGUGCCGUAUUUCAGCUGGAAGAUUUCGCACGGCAAGCACCACAAGGCUACCGGUCACAUGGAGCGCGAUAUGGUUUUCGUUCCUAGAACUCGUGAGGAGAAGGCUAGUCGUCUCGGAAAGCUGGUUCACGAACUUGCGGAACUCGGCGAGGAGACACCUAUCGUCACCCUCCUUACUCUUGUCGGUCAGCAGCUUGUCGGCUGGCCUAACUACCUCAUGACCAACGUUACCGGACACGACCACCACGAACGCCAAAGCGAGGGCCGCGGAAAGGGCAAGAAGAAUGGUUGGUUUACUGGUGUCAACCACUUCAACCCUUCGAGUCCCCUAUUCGAGGCCAAAGACGCCAAGUUAAUCGUGCUAAGCGACUUGGGUGUGGCUAUCACCAUCUCGGCUUUGGUAUUCCUCGGCAAUAAGUUUGGUUGGGGUAACAUGUUUGUUUGGUAUUUCCUGCCGUACCUCUGGGUCAACCACUGGCUUGUCGCUAUUACCUUCCUACAACACACCGACCCCUCUCUACCUCACUACAAGCCUGAGUCGUGGAACUAUGUUCGUGGUGCCGCGGCAACCAUCGAUCGUGAGUUCGGUUUCAUCGGCCGUCAGCUGAUGCACGGUAUCAUCGAAACCCACGUCCUCCACCAUUACGUCUCCACCAUUCCUUUCUACAAUGCCGAUGAAGCUAGCGAAGCUAUUAAGAAGGUCAUGGGUCGUCACUACCGAUCGGAUACUACGGGUGGUUCUGUCGGUUUCAUCAAGGCGAUGUGGCGUAGUGCGAGGAUGUGCCAGUGGGUCGAGCCCAGCGAGGGUGCUAAGGGCGAAGGAAAGGGUGUCCUAUUCUUCAGAAAUACAAAUGGUUUGGGUACCAAGCCUUCGAAGAUGAACGCCCCUCAAAAGGGAAUGAUGAUCGGAGCGGACGAGUAAAGGUACUUCGUAUUGAGAAUUCGAAAAUAAUCGUUGCCUUCGACGACGUGCGCAUAUACAUGGCACCGUUUCGGCUAUAUUUGGAUACGAUCGGGCGAUGAAUCGUGUCGAAAAGUGACACUAUGCUGCGGUGGUUGUAAUCUUGUUCCUGCACAUUUGAAUUAAUCAAUUGUCUGUCACGGCUGAAGCGGGGAAAGAGAUUCAUUCUCGCCAGCUUCAGCUUCUUUCUAUAGCUUCAAGGGGA